AUGCAUCGUAGGCCAAUUGAGUUUGAAGGCACUUUGGUAGAGAGAAGAUUGCAUCAAAGAAAGUGGAAAUGGGUAGUUCAUGGACGACACCAAGAUCAAAAUUUAACAUGUAUUACACCAGCGCUACAAGAUGAAUCAAGUGAAACAUCGUCCACUUCUUUAUUCUUCACUACAUCAUUGGGAUCUGUCUUUGAAUAUCGAAUUCCAAAACAAUUAGGCCUUGUUCCAAAUAAUCAAUUUCCAGGAGCAUGGAAAAGUUAUCAGCAUCCUCUCCAUGCAAAAGCAGCAAAAGGUAUAGCUGGCUUGCAAUUGUACAUUGGCAGGAUACUGUUUCCUCUAGAUGAUGGCAGAAUUGCAGAAUUACAUCCACUAGGACGCGACGGUGAAAGUUCAGGGCCAUCUCCACCACAAAACAUCCGAAGGAAAGCAUCAACAAAAUACAUUUGGUCCGUAUUAGAUGUGCCAGAGAGUGAAGGAUGGAAUGCAGAAUAUUGCACAGAAGAACGUGGCCUCAGAAAUUGUCUCACAGGCAUAAAAGAUGAGUCAGAGGAAUCAUUAGUAAGUUUAGUAACAGGUAGGAGAAAGCAAAGCCAAAUACAGAAUCAUUAUUUAUCUGUAGGCACUUCAGGUGGUGGUAGACUGAUACAAUCUUCAGAAGAAUACAAUACACCAGAUAACUGGAUUAGUAGUAACUUUCUCCUGCGAUUGAUGGAUGUAGGGAAGUCGUUUUUUUUAAUAACAGAUGAUGGUUUGAUUUUUGAAUACAUUAGUAUUGAGAGUGCAUGGAUAUGGCUGAGGCAUGAGAGUUCUACAGCUAUGAAAGGUGUAUCGAGUAACUACAAUGGAAGCUUAUUCAUGGUUGAUACACAAGGGAGUCUGCUCCUUAGAGAAAGAAGUGGCAAGGAGUUGGCAUGGAGGAAUUGCACUGCUGUGAGGAAAGGAAGAAAUGUUAUUGGAGGUCAACCUUGGGAUGGAUUACCAGGCCAAGAAAGGAAGGUUACAACUGAAGAUACUCUCUUCUUUGUCAGCAAAACUGGAAGACUAAUGAAGUUAAUGGUUACUUUGAAGAAGUUGAAAUGAAAAGAUUGCAGAAAUCCUCCAGAUGCUAAGGUUGCAUGUAUAGUAGACCAGGAAUUGUUGAGGAAAAAUAUAAUAUUUGUCAUUGGAAGAAAUGGUCGCCUAUAUCAGUAUAACAAAGUGACUGAUUUGUGGCAUGAGCAUUACCAUUCUCAGCAUUUGGUUCUAUCACAGUUUACUGGAACAGUUAUAAGACCAUCAUUAAAAACACUCUCAGGUUCCCUCUUCAUGGUUUCAAGAGAAGGUGGCGUUGUUGAGUUUCAAUGGAGCUCAUCGUAUGGAUGGAACUGGGUGGAACAUGGAACACCCAAUAGAGGCGUAACACUUGUUGGUUCACCUGGUACAAGCUCUGAGGGCAAUCAAUUAUUAUUGAUAGGCUCAGAUGGAAAAGUAUACCUUAGAUACAUGGACAAAAUGGCAUGGAUGUGGAAGGAUUGUGGUUUUCCCUAUGUAGGAAAUAAGCUGGUUGAAGCACAUAAACACGGAGGAUUCCAGAAAGAGAAAGUAGAUUGUAUUGAUGAAGAUUCUGCAUCAUACUUGAAGAAGGACCAAGGAAACUUUUGUGACCCGAACAUUAAAUGUGACUCAAAGGUAAAUAUUAUAGUCCGAAAUAGUAAUUGGUAGAGUAACUGACAUUGAAUUGCAUGUUAGAUAAAAAAACGUGGGAUGUAAUUGAUUGAAUCUGAUACGACACAGGUGGCUUCUACAAGACCAAUUCCAUUUUCUGAAGGUUCUGUCA